AUGGUGGAGGAGGAGAAGGUGAUGGCGGAGGUGGAGACUUGUAGUAAUAUGGUGGUGGCGGUGAAGGUGAUGGAGGAGGUGGUGACUUAUAGUAAUACGGUGGAGGAGGCGACGGAGAAGGUGGAGGGGGAGACUUAUAUACGUAUGGAGGAGGUGGUGAAGGUGAAGGAGGUGGUGGUGACUUAUAGUAAUAUGGUGGAGGAGGCGAGGGAGAUGGUGGGGGUGGAGAUUUGUAGUAAUAUGGAGGAGGUGGUGAAGGUGAUGGUGGGGGCGGGGACUUGUAAACAUAGGGAGGUGGUGGUGAUGGGGAUGGUGGUGGUGGUGACUUAUAGAUAUAGGGUGGAGGUGGUGAAGGGGAAGGUGGAGGAGGAGAUUUGUAAUAAUAUGGAGGAGGUGGUGAAGGUGAUGGUGGAGGUGGGGACUUGUAGUAAUAUGGAGGAGGUGGUGAUGGGGAUGGAGGUGGAGGUGACUUAUAGAUAUAGGGUGGAGGAGGUGAAGGGGAAGGUGGUGGUGGAGAUUUGUAGUAAUAUGGGGGAGGUGGUGAAGGAGAUGGUGGUGGUGGUGAUUUGUAGACAUAGGGUGGGGGAGGUGAAGGUGAUGGUGGGGGUGGAGACUUGUAGACAUAUGGUGGGGGAGGAGAAGGAGAUGGAGGAGGUGGGGACUUGUAAACAUAAGGGGGAGGUGGUGAUGGGGAUGGAGGGGGUGGUGACUUGUAAACGUAAGGUGGGGGAGGAGAGGGAGAUGGAGGAGGUGGAGACUUGUAAACAUAUGGAGGGGGUGGUGAUGGAGAGGGAGGGGGCGGUGAGUUAUAAACAUAUGGUGGAGGUGGUGAUGGAGAUGGUGGGGGUGGAGAUUUGUAGACAUAUGGAGGAGGAGGUGAGGGAGAUGGUGGGGGAGGAGAUUUAUAAACGUAAGGAGGUGGUGGGGAUGGAGAAGGUGGAGGAGGAGACUUGUAAACAUAUGGAGGAGGUGGUGAAGGGGAUGGAGGUGGUGGGGAUUUAUAAACAUAGGGUGGGGGAGGUGAGGGAGAGGGUGGAGGAGGGGACUUGUAAACAUAAGGAGGUGGGGGUGAUUUGUAGUAAUAUGGAGGGAAUUCAUGGACAUAAUGAGGUGGAGGUGGAGAUUGGUAGUAAUAUGGAGGUGAGUUGUAGUAAUAUGGUGGUUUAUCAUGUUCAUAUGGUGGUGUUGGGUUUGGGUAGUUGGAUGGUUGGCCAUUGUAAGGCUUAUAAUCAUCUGCUCCAACACUGA